UGAAUUAAUGAUAUUGUAUUGCCUACGAAAGACGAGAAAAAAAAUCCCCUUAACUUGUAAAUUGGGCUAUUUUGAAAUGAAUAUGAGCAACAUUAAGCACAUUGUUAGAUUAGCAGCUUUUUAGGAGUAACCCACUCUUGCAUAUUGUUGACCAGCUUUUUCUAUAAAAAAAAAUCAUUAUAAUUCAUCUCCGGCGGCCACCGCGUAAAGACGAAGAAGAUGUCCAGUUUUCCGGCAGUCGAGAAUAUUUUGGGUGUGUUCUUCUUCGGUGGUGGUGGAAGUACCAGCACGUGCACUCCCACUCUUGGCGCGCCAUUACAGCACCACAACUGCACUCUUCUAUAAACAAUUUACCCACAAUUCCUUUCCUUCAUUUAUUGCUCGGUCCCCCCUCCAAUCAUUUCUUCACCUCCUACCCUCAACCAACUACUCUUCAUUCUUCUAUCCUUAAUCUCUCUCCCAUCUUCAUUUCAUCUCUCUGUUUUUUUUUUUUUUAAUUAUUUUGUAGACUAACUGCAACGGCCGCUUUCAUUACAUUCUGAAUUCUUGGUCGUUGCGUUUGUCUGUGAUCUCAAUAAAGUUCUCUGCUGUCUGCGUUACACUUACAGCCAUGACAGAGAAUGAGAUCCACACUAGUAUUUGAGCUUCUUUCAUAUAUAUCAUCAUGUGUAAGGCGGAAAGAAUGGGCGUGAAUUUGAUCUUCUCAGCAAUUCUGGUGUGUGCUGUUAUGUUAUCGCCUGCAAGAACGGAGCCCGUUGAAGAUAAACGGGCUCUGCUGGAUUUCUUGGACAACAUUCACCACUCACGGAAGCUGAAUUGGAACGAGACGACUUCUGCGUGCAGCAGGUGGACUGGCAUCGCGUGCAGCUCUGAUAAUUCAAGCGUCGUAGCAGUCCGGUUGCCCGGCGUGGGACUCGCAGGCUCCAUCCCUUCCAACACGCUCAGCCGUUUGUCUCAUCUUCAAACCCUGAGCCUCAGAUCCAACGCCCUCACUGGCUCCUUCCCUGCUGAUCUUCUGCAGCUUCGCGAUUUGAUCGGUCUUCAUCUCCAGAGCAACAGCUUUCAGGGUCCGCUGCCCUCGGAUUUCUCUCUCUGGAAGAAUCUCACGGCGCUCAACUUGUCGGAGAAUGAUUUCAAUGGGAGCAUUCCGUCUUCACUUGCGAAUUUGACUCAUCUCACUCUCUUGAAUCUCGCCAAUAACUCUCUCUCUGGAGACCUUCCUGAUAUCAAUCUCCCCAGCCUCCAGUUUCUCGACUUGUCCAACAACAAUCUCACCGGACUCCUGCCUCAUUCGCUCUCCAGAUUCCCGAGCUCAUGUUUCUCCGGCAACAACUUCUCGUCUCCGUCUCCGUCUCCGACUCCUCAGCCACGGAUGAAGCAUUCAUCGAAAUUCAGUGAAUCUGCCGUCCUGGGAAUCAUCAUUGGUAGCUGUGUGGUGGCGUUUGUGUCGAUUGCCCUUCUGUUGAUUGUCACAAACAGAAAGGGGGAUGAGGAUGGUGAGAUCUUAGCCACUGCAAAGAAAGAAAAACCGGUGGCUCCCGAGCACAAAGAUGGGAAUAGCAAGCUUGUAUUUUUUGAAGGUAGUAAUCUUGCAUUUGACCUCGAGGAUUUGCUGAGGGCCUCUGCGGAGGUGCUUGGGAAGGGCACGUUUGGGACGACAUAUAAGGCAGCAUUGGAGGAUGCCACCAUUGUUGCGGUGAAGAGGUUGAAGGAGGUGGGCGUUGGCAGAAAGGAGUUCGAGCAGCAGAUGGAGGUGGCCGGAAGCAUCAAGCAUGAGAACGUGGCUACAUUGAGAGCUUACUACUAUUCAAAGGAUGAAAAGCUUAUGGUUUAUGACUAUUACAAUCAAGGCAGCGCCUCCUCCUUGCUACACGCCAAGAGAGGUGGCAACCGCCUUCCUUUAGACUGGGAUACGCGCCUCAGGAUUGCAACGGGUGCAGCGAGGGGUAUCGUGUGCAUCCACUCACAGAGUGGAGGGAAGCUUGUCCAUGGAAAUGUGAAGGCCUCCAACAUUUUUCUCAACUCCAAGCAUUUUGGCUGUGUGUCUGAUCUUGGGUUAGCGACGGUGAUGAGCCCGGUUGCAGCAGCGCCAGUGACGCGGAGUGCUGGCUACCGUGCACCAGAGGUCACGGACACUAGGAAGGCGUCACAGGCGUCUGAUGUCUACAGCUUUGGAGUUGUACUGCUCGAGCUUCUGACUGGGAAAUCUCCGGUUUCUGGGUCCAGUGGUGAGGAGGCUGUCCACCUCGUCAGAUGGGUUCAAUCUGUGGUUCGGGAGGAAUGGACAGGUGAGGUGUUCGACGUGGAGCUGCUGAGGUAUCCUAAUAUAGAGGAAGAGAUGGUGGCGAUGCUGCAAAUAGCCAUCAGCUGCGUGGCCAGAGUGGCAGCACAGAGGCCGAAAAUCGGAGACGUGGUGAGGUUGCUGGAGGACAUUAGAGGAAGCAGUCAAUCUGCUGGAACCAGAUCUCCAGCUUCAACUCCGGCUCCGACGCCUCCUCUCACGGGCGUGGGAUCACCUUCCAAUCGUGAUUAGAUUCUUGCUUCUAAGCUUUGUUAACCUUUUUUUUCUUUUACUACUAUUCUUCUUUAAUUCUUAACUUACAAUUUCACCAGUUCUUGCGCUAAGUUACUGGUCAUGGCUUAGUUCGUAUUCUUGAUUUUCUUUGACAAUUCGCUUGUUCAUAAACCCUGAUUCAGUGCAAAAUUGCAAAAGGUUCAUUUAUAUAUUACAAGUUCAUUGAUUUUCAA